CGCGCUGCCGCGCUGGGAGAGGCGCUGCGGUUGCUGGACGAGAGCGGGGCGGAGCGUGCCAGGGUCUUGGUCGCGGGCGACUGGAACGCGCGGGACGAGGAGGUCGCAGCGCUGUGCGAGGCUGAGGGCAUGUGCGAUGCCACGUGCGCUGGGAAGACCUGGGGCGUGAGGUGGAACAGGUUUUUCGCAGAUCAGCAGUGCAGCGGCCCCGGGUUCCGUUUUGACCGCGCGAUGUUCGGGGAGAAGUUGUUCGCCCGGGCGCAUGCGAUGGCGCGGGGGCCUGUCGCGUUCGAAGGCGCGCAGUUUUGCGCGUCCGACCAUUUCGGGCUGAUGGCGUACGUGGACGUGGCAGACGUCUUUGCGCUGCGAGGCAGGGAGCGCGCGGAGGCAGCCCGGGUGCGGCGCGGGGAGGCGCGUAGGGUCUGCGAGGUCGGCGGUGAGCGAGAGGCGCAGGAGGUCCGGGAUCGCCGGCAGGCUGCCAGGGAUCAGCAGGGGCUCGACAGGGAGAGGGCCGCGGAGAGGGACCGCGAGGCGUUUGCGAGGGGCCAGCAGAGGGCGGCUUGCGAGAGGGCACGCCGGAGGCAGGCGUUGCACGACGCGGCUUUCGGCAGGGAGUCGCUGUUCGAUCAGGACUUCGUCGUCGAGGUGGAGGGGCUGGGCGAGGGCGCCCAGAUCUCCGCGCCGUCUGCCAUUGUCGCGCCGGGCGCUGAGGAGUGGCAAAACGGUGGAUGGGGAGGGGUCGCCGGCGCACCCGCGGUGGGCAUGGGGAAUUUGGGGAACACGUGCUACGUCAACGGCGUGCUGCAGCUGCUCCUGCGGGCGCCGUCCGUGCACGAGGUCCUUUCGAGACAUGGGCGACACCAGUGCCCCAGGGCGUUGCUUGGAGAGGAUUGCGCCGCGUGCUUGUUGCGGGGGGCGCUGGGGCAAGUCAUGGCGGCGCCGCGCCGCGCAGGGGUGCGGAAGCCGAGGCUCGCGCAGGAGAGGGCGGCUGUGGACGAGCAGUACGGCGAUGAGCAGCAGUGGGACGCCGGCGAGUUCUUUGGGCACUGGUUCCACAGAGCUCGCCAGGUGGAGCUGGAUGCCGGUCGGCGCGCGCCGUGGGGCGAUGGAUGGCUCCAUGGGCAGGGCGGCUUCCAGGUUACGCACUGGGACCGCCUGUUCAGGAGUGUGACAGAGACGCGCUCGCGGUGCCGCGCGCGUGGUCUUUGCCGUGCCAGGUACGGGUCGGCCGAGAUGGCGCGCGCGGUCCCGCCCGAGGACAGGAGGGUGCCGUCGGCGACCUCCGAGCUGCAUCUGCGCGCGCGCGGGCCCGAGGUGCAGGAGGAAGCGGAUCGCCUCGAGCGCCCGAUGCGUGAGUCCCGGCAGAUGCACGUGCUGCAACGGCGGGCGCGCGAGCCGCCGACGGUGCUCUUCGCGCGGGUGAUCCGCCCCGCGGCGGCGGGGGGCCAGGGCGCAUUGCUGCGCCGGCGCGUGGACGUGGAGGAGGAGAUCCACCUGCCGGGGUUUCCGCGCAUGGUGCUGGCGGGG